AUGAAAAUCAAAGCAGAAAUAGAUGAUUUAGAAUCGAAAAACAGCAAUUUGGAAAAGCUUAUAUUAGAUUCUCAACAGAGACUUGCAUAUUUAAGAUCAAAAGAUUCUGAUAAUAAGUCUCUUUCAUCCCAAAUUGAUGCUUUACACGAACGAAUUUCAUUUAAAGAAGAAGAAAUUGAUAAAAAUAACGAAGAAUUAUACAAAUCUCAAGAACUUUUAAGAGAAACAGUAAUUAGAAUAACAUCAAAUCGUAAACGAAGGAAAGCAUUACAAGAAAAAUAUGAUCAAAUUUCGUUUCGAAUUGUACAGUUAUCUCAGCAAGCCAAACAGUUUGAGCCAACACUUCAGGAUGUUGAGGAUUCUAACAAAUUACAGAAAUAUACUGCCGAUAAAGAAGCUCAAUAUAAUGAAGAAAUUGAACUUCUUGAAAAGCAAAAUAUCGAAAUAGAACAAAAAAUAAAAGACAUGGAUAAUGCUGGUGAUACUGACAUAGAUAUAUCGAUGAGAGGAGAUCUUAUCGAUGAUUUAAAUGCCAAAAUUGCCGAAAAAGACAGAAUUAUUGAUGAUUUAAUCAAAGAUGAAAAGAGUUUAAUACAAAAGAAUCUAGAUAUAGAAGCAAAGAUGAGUCAAGUUGAUGAUCUUAAGACUGCACUCUCUAAAAAUCUUUCGCAGGCAAAAGAAAAACUAGAAAAAUACAAGAGUAUGUUUGUAGCAAAUCAUCAAAAAUUCUGCACAAUUCAGGAAGAGACAGAAGGUUUGGAAGAGAAGCUUGCUUCAGCUAAGUCAGGAAUCAUGAUCAAAUUACAAUCUAUUGAAAGUGAAGAAGAUGAAAAAAACUUGAUGUCAAUUCAAUCAAUGAAAGAUCAAUGUAAUGAAAAACAGCAGGCAUUGAGUGAUCAAAUAAGUAAACUCAAAAGUGUUGAACAAGAAAACGAUCAAUUAAGAAGCCAAAUUCAACAGUUAGAAGAAAACAUCAAGUCAAAUGAAGCUAAGUUUGUUCAAAAGAAGAGUUCUCUUGCUAAUGUAAUAGAAGUAAUUAAAUCAAGCCUCAGGGAAUUAAAGGAAAAGAAUAAUUAG